AUGGCCAACAAAACCACCCCAGCCAACGGGGUGGCCACAACAACAUCAACAUACAUCAACUUCGAAGUCCUCACAUCCCCCGACUUCUCAGCAUAUACGCACGCCAACAGCCUGGUGCUCGCGAGCAACAAUGCCUCAGAUCCGAGCAUCGACCUGACCACCCCACUGUCACGGGUACUGUUCGACCUGCAAGAAAUCGACUCGCACAUCCACACGCUGACGUCGCGCUCCGCGCUGGACAUGCUCACGUACACGGCGACGCAGAACGAAACUGCACAGCGGAUCCUCGCGCGCGUUGACGACGAACGCGCCCGUCUGCUGGGCAGCUACGAGCGCCUCGAGAAGGAGGUGCUGGAGCGACACCGCCGCGCCGUCGACGCCAAGACCGCCGCCCAGCGCAGCUGGCACGUCCUGCAGCUCGGGCGUGGCGUGCAGAGGAUCCUCGCGCUCGCGAGGCAGUUGGAGGUUGUGCUGGCCGAGUCUGGGCUCGGUGGGGGCGCGAGGUUCGGCAAGGAGGACCACGGGGCGCUGGUGCGCGCGAGCCUGUCGAUCCUCGCGUUUCGCGAUGCCAUGAGUGGCAAGCUUGCGGGUGAGCUGGGCCGGGUCACUCUCGUCAAGACUCUGCGUGGCCGUGUCUUUGAGGACGGCGAGGCCCGCGUCCUCGACUACGCUAGGAGAGUGGUCCGCGAGUUCUCUAUGAGCUCGCUUUCGUCUGGUCCUGCUGGAAAUACAGGUGCAAGUGCUGUGCCGAACACGGCGGGCCUGACGUAUCGUGAAGCUGAAGACAGUCGUGCGCGAUUCACCAGUGCGGUUCAUAUCCUCUAUUAUCUCUCGCCCGCCCCGCGGAUCGAUGGGCAGAAGAUGUCCAAGAAGGACUUCGAGCCCGAGUAUUUCCUGCGUGCCUUGCAGGGAUACCUACAGAGUGCAAUUACGUCGAGCUCGGCUUCAAUCGGGAGAGCACUGGGACAACUUCCGAACCUGGACCGAGCGCUGAUGGAAGCGAGUGCUCGAUGUCAGAACAUCAUCGCCCUCGAGGCUCUACUACGCGGAAUCCAUGCCCCAGACCAUCCUCUCUUGAUGAAAGUGGUAGAUCGCAAGACUACGGACGAGACGAACGCAGGGGAAAGUGACAGCGACUCUGACGACUCCGUUAACGACGCAGACACCUCGCCGUCCUCGUCAUCUUCGGAAACACUUCUCUCACUCCUCCUCACAGCCCUGGAUACAGCGUCGCUGCCCUCGUAUUUCUGGCGCUCUCUGGCAUCGUCGCUGUCAAGCCGUGUCUCGGAGAUACUCAACCGAGGAGGUGUGGCGGCUCGGACGCUGAGAAGCCAGCGAGACACCGUGCGGGCCGAGAUACGUGAGUGUGUGUUGCGAGGCUCCAAGUUGCCGCGUAGUGUGGUGCUGGGAGAUGCAAGGAAGGCCGAGGAGGAGGUCGUGGAGAAUUGGGAGAGAGAGGCGGCUGUCAUGGUUGGGAGUGUAGUUGGGUUGUUGGCACGAUGA